AUGGAAAAAGAAGAUGCCGAUUACCUCGCCAUGCUUAACAACAAGACCAUCAAUCCCGAUCCACGGCAGCAAGAGCAGCAACAAUCAAGCUCCCCGGCAAUUAACGUAAAUACAGCCGAACCGUUUGAAGCGUUGACUUCGGCCUGCCACGCAAUCACCGGCUCGUCCAAAGAACUCUCACUUGUUUCAGAAACAGACGCACCGUUUGAAUGGGUUAGCACCAACUGGUCAAGCGAUGAUCUGCCUACAGCCCAAGAUAUUCUCAAGCUCGGCUGGGCUGACGACAUGAACGCGAGCAGAAGCAAAACGUUGGACCAGUUCUUCGAACCAAUGACAGACGAAAAUAAUGAUCCGUAUGGUCAAGCAAAGCGAUACCAAGCGCUGCAUAAAAAACUUAAAGAGGUGUUCAGCGAUAAACCAGCCAAAGUAUAUCUUCUUGGAGAAGAAUCAGUCACUGUGCUGAUACUCGGUAUAAUCUCUAGCAAAGGUGGCAGUGAACGUACGCGGGCUUUGGCUGGCUUACGCAGUUUACUGGUUCAAACAUGA